ACAUUUGUUUUGCUUUUUACUUAAGUAUUGCCUCUUCUCUCUUACAAGACUUUUGGGAAUUUUUUGAGCCUUUUUAGAGAUGGACACUGAGAAAAAAGAAUCUCUGGCAGUUGUUUGCAUAAAUUGUGGCCACCCAGUAACAGAAUUGUACCGGAAAUACGGUGAAAGCGUGAUAAAAAUGACAAUUUGCGCAAAUUGCAAUCAAAUAGCCGAUAAGUACAUUGAAUUUGAACCUGUUGUAAUUCUAAUUGAUUUGGUAUUGCUAACCAAGAGCGCAUACAGGCACAUCCUCUUCAAUGGGUACUUCAAGAACUUUUGGAAGCUCUUCAUAAUACUUGUUCUCAUGGAGUCUUAUAUGAAGUGGAUGAAUCUCCCGGCUGCAAAGAAUAAUCAGGAAUCUGAGAAAAAUUUCUACAUUUGCGGCCUUUGGAUUCUCGGGGAGAAUUUCCUUUUCUUCUGCAUCCUUCGAGGAUCUGUUGGUAUCUUUGAGUAUUUCCUCAAGAGGAGUGCAAGUACCUUGCCAGGAAGGGCAGAAAAUCUCUCUCUGUUGCUGUGGAAGGGCAUCAUCCUUGCGAGUCUGGGGAAAUUCCUUUUUGUGCCAAUUGUUAUUUGGCAGGAUAACUCAUCUGCCUUUGCUCUGCAAAUACACUCAAUGCUCGUGAUGGGAUACUUUUUAUUGUCCCUCAUUUGCUCGUGUUCAGUAGUCCUAUGUUAUUCCCGCCUAGAGGCAACCUGCAUCGUCCUACAGUCGCUCCUGGUAAAGUCACUCAUUGUCAAUCGACUGGGAGAUGUUGUAAAAAUAUUUUAA